UUAUCUACUCUGAAGCAGACCAAGGGCCAACUUCAGAAUCUCCGUUGGCGCGACUCACAUUGCAGCGACGGCCAGGGAUUGCCAAGUGCCGGGCUCAAUUCACUGUCACUUCUACUGUCGACGGAUAAUCACGAUACCGUUAAGCUCUCCUCAAAUGCCGCCAUCAACGAGGAAGAUGAUAAUCAGAAUCGCCGCCCUCACAGCCUUCUGGCAUGUAAGGCUCAGAAGUGGCCAAAGCAGCCACCGAAAGUGGUGUCUUCCUCUAAGAGCGAUAAAAUGGACUACGAAAAGCCAAGUUCUCGACAAGAUGCACAUCUAGAUCGACAGGAAGAAAAGACAAACCAGCAUGGGUUGAAGCGAUUGAAGCGUCAGGCGAAGGAACAACAACAAAGAUUUUUAAUGCGGCAGCAGCAAGAGGGAGAGAACAUGCAUGAUUGCGCCAUUAACACUCAGAUGAACUGGAGUCGUAAUGGAGACAGCAAAAGGGCACUCGAACUAGCUACCACCGCCAUGACUCCUAGACCAAAAUCUGAAGGUCACUUUUAUGAUGAGAUGAUGUCCGGCACCUCAGCAUCUGCCAUGGGCUGA